GGUUGCUAGAACAGAUGAACAGAGGAACUGUGAAGCUUGGCAGGCAGUCAUAUCUGGGAAAAACGUGUUUUUAUCAGUAACCGACAGUAACCUAAAUUAGUUUUUCUCAACCGUGUAAUGUCACUUAGGGUAUGUCUGUACUAUUCAACUCUGUUUACUAUCAGAAGUAUCAGAGUAUCAGAUUAACAAUGAUUUUGUGCAAACCAUGUGCCAGGGAUAUCAAUCUGUAACAAACGUGAUCAUAUGAAUAAUGUUAUCCAAGAAAAUCAUACAUUGGGGAUCCAUGAGGAAAUAUGUUAAGCUUCAUUUUAGCCAUCUCCUUGGAACCUGCAAACAAAAUCGCUAGCCCUCUGCUCGACUGGGACGCUGAUGCGCAGUAGUAUACACCAUAAUCAGGGGCGAGAACAUGGAAUAAACAUGGCUCACAAUAGAAGCUUUUUCAUUGAUGCUCUGGAUAGAUCAGAGGCCAGGAGAGAUGGAGGGUACACGCAGAACUGGAGCUUUUCUCUUUCUGGUGACAGUGAAGAGGACAGGAGACAUGACACUUCGGCGGCGACCAUGGAGGAGUUGAACAGCCGACAGCAACAGGCCCCUCCCGAGGGGAAGAAGUCGCCCACCCUCAGACACUUCUCAGCGGAUCCUCUGAGAACCUAUGAAAACAGGCCAAAUAGUCACAUGAGGACAUACAACAAGAGGCUCAACGAAGCGCCCCUCGCAGUAGCAACGCCGUCGCCGAUGCCUAACAGAACCAACUAUCUCAUCCUCAGCCCCUCUCCGUCACAAGGGGUGGUCUUACAAGGGAGACACUUUCAGCACGCCAAUGCCCACAGCCCGAUGAGGAAGCCGGUCCAAAGUUUUUCACCACCCCAAAGCAGCCUUGACUUGAAGGAAAGAAACGACUUCUUCACAGCCGCCCCACAGGUCCAGUCGGUGGAGGUAGACAGCAUCCUCCUCACCUGUCCCGAGGUCCCAGAAGAGGAGAGCCUGAACAUCAAACGGCGCCUGCUGCUCAAGCGGAGGCCUUCAGACCCCAAGGAGACCUGCUGUUGCUUACAGACUCCGGCCAAACCCGUCGAGCCCCUGCGCCCCAGCGAGUACUUCACGGUGUGCGGCAAGUGCGGCAAGCGCAGCGAGGACCACGCCAAGUGUCAAAGCUGCGGCCACGCCUUGAGCCCAGAGUCGCCCCGCCACGCUCACCUCCUCCCCGUCCAGCCGGCCUCGCCCGCCCCCAGACCCCCUGUCCGGCCCCAGCCCCAGCCCUACUCCCCGGGCCCCCACAGCUUCCAGUCGGGGAAGGGCUUCUACGGCGCGGCCUCCACCAUGAGGGCCCCGCGCAUGGACGUGGUGCCGGUCCGCAUUACCCGGGGUAACAUGCUGCAGCCAAUCAACGGGAGGCCCUCGGGGCUGGCCGCCACCACCAGCUGCUGCGGAGCCAGGGUCUCCAGCAAGGGGAAGAGGUCCGCGGCCGCCAGGCAGCUCGAGCUCAACGACCCCAUCGUCCUGUCCAGCGACGACGACGAGGAGGAAGCGGACAACGCCAGCACGGGAAGCGUGAACCGCCUGGACAGCGUGUCCCCACGGCCCGCCGACUCGGCGCACUCCUCGCCGGCGCCCUCCGGCGGGAAGGUGGAGGCGGCGGUGAAGAGCAGCGCCGAGCAGGAGGAGAUCACCCCCGACUUCUUCGCCGACAUCGACACUAAAAUCUCAAUACCCAGGAAACCCUGCAUGAAGGAUCAGGUCUGUAACCAUGUACCCGACGACACCACCCCGGGGAAAAAGCCCAAAAUGGCGCUGGAUAGCAUCAUCCUGGAGUGCCGGAGCGUGCGCGUCGGGACCCUCCGCAGGAUGGUCACCAAGCCCGUCAUCUUCUCCGUCGAUCACAUCCAUCUGGAAACGGAAGGGCCUGAGGUGGACGCGCUGGAGAAGGUGAGCCUGCGGGCGUCGGAGCUGACCAGCUGUGAGUGGUGCAGCGUGAGGAAGCUGCCCGUGCUGUUCUUCCAGACCACCCAGGAGGAGUGCCGGCGGCUCCGCACGCAGCUCAACAUGUCCCGGGAGGACGGCGGCCUGUGGUACGACUGCUCCGGGGACCAGUCCGAUGAGAAGUACAUCGUCCUGAUCUUCGAGAACGGGCUGCUGAUCCACGAGCAGAUGAUCCUGGAGGACAUCCUGGUGGAGAUCGGCCGGGUCAACAACCUGACCGACUUCCCCACCAAGCUCUCCUUCGACGAGGCCAACAUCCGCCUGGUGAAUUACAACAAAGCCACCAAGGAGAAGGAGGAGAAGGGCAAGCCAGCGGGCAAGCCCCCUGCCCCGGUGCUCAAACGCACGCGCAUGGCCACGCGCCAGCACGCCAGCAUGUUCUUUGACGACGAGGAGGACGACAUGGCGGAGCUGCAACCCACCUUCACCGGACCAAUCAUAAAGCUGAUGGUGUACCCCCCUCCGCCAGCCAAGGGAGGCAUCACUGUGACGAACGAAGACCUCCACUGCCUUCACGAUGGAGAGUUCCUCAAUGACGUCAUCAUCGACUUUUAUUUAAAAUACUUGGUCUUGGAGAAGUUGAAGAGAGAGGAUGCUCAGAGGAGUCACGUGUUCAGCUCCUUCUUCUACAAGAGGCUCAACCAGAGGGAGAGGAGGAGCCUCCCUGACACCACUCACCUGCCGAUACAGAAGAGAAAGCACAACCGCGUGAAGACAUGGACCCGGCAUGUGGAUCUGUUCCAGAAAGACUUCAUUUUUGUUCCGAUCAACGAGUCAGCCCACUGGUACUUGGCAGUGAUCUGCUUCCCCGGGCUGCAAGGCCCUCAGUAUGAACCCAACCCCAUGUACCAGGGCCCGGCGUCAGCCGCAUGCUCCACCCGAGCCCCAGGCCCGGCUCCAUGCCCCACUCCAGGCCUGGGGCUGGAGGCUAUCUUCUCUGAUCACUGCAGGCCACUAUCCCCUGAGAGGGACGACUUCCUGGAGCCUUCUGAUGACCCCCCUGCCAACGAAGCCUUAUUGGAGGCUCACUCCAACAGCAACCAGCCAAAGGGGGCUUCGGCCUCUACUGAGGGGGGACAAGAGCCUCCACACACCCCCGGUACGAGGAGCAACGGACAGACUGAAGGCCAGCCACAAUAUACAGAUGGUUUGCACAGGAUCAGUGUGAGUUACGGACCGGGGAAUGGGAACAACAGUGGCGCCUUUUCUGACGACCAAAGCUCCUGUCAGGAUGAGUGUAGUGAGGAUGGUGGCCUUGCUGACGAUUCUCUCAACCAGGAGAGCUCAGGGUGGACCUCCAGACCCACCUUGUGCAAACAGCCUUGUAUUCUCAUCAUGGACUCUCUGCGUGGCCCUGCCAGAUCCACGGUUGUGAAAACCUUGAGAGAGUACCUGGAGGUGGAAUGGGAGGCGAAGAAAGGAAGCCAGCGGAGCUUUGGGAAGGACAUGAUGAAGGGCUCGAGCCCUCGAGUGCCUCAGCAGGACAACUUCAGCGACUGUGGAGUGUACAUCCUGCAGUAUGUGGAAAGCUUCUUCGAGAAUCCACUUCCUAGUUUUCAUCUCCCCGUCAACCUGUCGGAGUGGUUCCCACAGCAACGGAUGAAGACCAAGCGUGAGGAGAUUAAGGAGCUCAUCCGGAAGAUCCAAACUCAACAGGAACUGGACAAGAAGGAGGCGGCCCAGGGCUCGGCCACGGGCUCCCCCCAGGAGCAGGACCGGGGGAGGGAGGGUGGUGUGGACACUGGGUCAGAGCCCUCCUGCCAGCCCCUCAGUUGAACUGGCGCUGCUCUGCUCUGACACAUUGGUCCUGUUGGGUCUGGUCUGGUCUGGCCCGGCCUUCUAAGAUAUGAGCGGCAGCCUCCCUGGAGCCAAUCAUGAUUGUACGCUGCUCCUGAUGACUCCUCCAUUUCGCUGCAGAACUGUCCUGUUCCUUCCAUUACCUACCAUUAAAAAAACAAGACCUUUUAAAUUUGUAUUUGAAUAAAAGAUGUACAUUCGCUGGAGUUUUUUCGCUGCCUUUGUAAUUGACUGUUUUUGAUGCGCUGUUGAGUGAUCCGUUAAGUUAUGGUUUCAAAGAUGCUCCUUUUUGAAGGACAAUCUGUGCAGAACAUACUUUUCUGCUCUUGCAUCUUAUUUGGUAUGCUUCUGAGAUGUUUAAUGAGUUUGUGAUAUUGCUGUUGUUUGUAAAUUAUAUCCACCCGUCUGGAAAAUAUAUCAUUUUCAAAGUCUCAGUCCCUCAUCAGUUAAGUAAAUGUUAGUGUUGUUGUGUCAUUUUUUGAUGUGAGCGGAUGGAUCUUCAGCAUUAAAUGAACUGAUGCAAGAGCA